GUGCGCGCUCUCACUUUUCGUGGGAGAAAGUCGAGAGGUGGGAGAGAGAGCGUGAUUCCAGGUCUCUGCUGCUCUCCCCACUUUGGGUACUCAAACCCAGUCUGACUCAAUGGGGCUCCGGCAGCAGUUAAAAUAAAAUCUAUUUAUUCACCCCAGAACCCUCUUUCUGUGCCGUUUUUGUACGCAGACGCAGAGUCACCAGACCGGCAAACAACUGCAACACUAUGGAUAUUGGAGUUUGCCUCUUUCGGAAGAAACGGAGACCAUGGCGCACGAACUUCUCAUCCUUUGCCUUAGUUGCGGUGGCUCUCGCUGUGUGCCAAACGACCGUUGCACGCGCAGACCCAGUGGACGUGCUGCGGGCCCUGCAGGUUCCAUCUCUCCCUGAAGGUGUGAAGAAGGUCCCCGGGUUCUGCACUUCCCGUCGAUCGAGCAGCCCGGACCACGCCUACCGCAUCAACAAGAAGGCUCAGAUCUCCGCCCCCACCAAGCAGCUCUUCUCAGGUCGUUUCCCAGAGAACUUCUCCCUCAUGGCUCUUGUUAAAGCCCAGGCAGGUCUGCAGGCCUUCCUCCUCUCCAUCUACAAUGAGCAGGGCGUCCAGCAACUGGGCAUCGAACUGGGACGCUCCCCGGUUUUUCUCUACGAGGACCAGAACGGAAAGCCGGCACCGGAGGACUACCCGCUGUUCAGAGGCAUCAACCUGGCUGAUGGCAAGUGGCAUCGUAUUGCUUUCUCAGUUUCUAAGAAGAAUGUCACCCUGCUGCUGGACUGCAAGAAGAAGAUGACCCGGCCACUACCUCGUGGAAACAGCGCCAAGGUUGACACCAACGGCAUCACUGUGUUUGGAGCCCGUCUGCUGGACGAGGAGGUUUUCCAGGGAGACAUCCAACAGCUGUUGAUCGCCUCCAACCCGCAGGCUGCCUAUGACUUCUGUGAACACUACAGCCCCGACUGUGACUCCCCACUGCCCAAAACCCAGGCUCAGGAUCCCAACACAUACAAGAAGACACUCAAUGGAAAAGUGUCCCCCUCUAAAUCCACCCCUGUCAAACCCAAACCCACCCCAGCUAAGCCAGCAAAGACUGGAACAUACAAACUUGUAGUCAAGCCACCAAUCCCCACCAAAGCAUCCAAGUCUUCGUCCAAAACAUCCAAGGCGAAGCCCACCGCAGUAGAGAGCCUCCUUUCUAAGAUCAGACCAACAGUAGCAGCUAAAUCGAAAUCCACAGCUGUCCCGGCUAAGAACGGUAACAGUAAAUCAGCUGCCGAGAAGAAGGCAAACGGUGCGUCUAAAGCUAAUAGCAAUGGCAAAGCUGCAGCUCAGGUCAAAGUGAAUGGAAACGGAAAGUCUGCAGCAGAGAAGAAAGUCAAUGGAAAUGGAAAAUCAUCAGCAGAAAAGAGCCUGACUGGAAAAGUGACAGUUGUAACUAAGACAAAUGGAAACGGCAAAGCUACGGCAGAGAAGAAAGCCAGCGCUAAUGGCAAGACUACCGUUGAGGUCAAAGAGGUUAAACUCAACAGCAAAGUGAAUGGUGGUGCUAAGGCUAACGACAAUGCUAAUGUUGUUGUAGAAAAGAAAAUUUCUGGUGCAGCUGGAGCAACUACGGCUAAAACUGAAACCACUACAAAAGCCAAAACUGAGAAAAUCGUUCAAAAGACUGUGGUCAGUUUGGCUAACUCGGCUGACAAAUUACAAGCUACUAAAUCGCCUAAACCCACAAAAGCAGCAAAAACCACAGCCACCAAAGCUCCUGCUGCAAAAACCCACGCUAAGGCAGAGGUCAAAGAGGUGACCAAAGUUAAAACCGUAGUCACCAAAGCCCCUGUCACCAAAUCAACAGUGAGCAAAGUAGUGACGAAGAGUGUAUCUUCAACAUCCACCCCUGUCCGGCCCACUCCGCCUAGACCAACAAAAUCCAAAAUGGCAGUGGACGUUAAUGUCAAAUCCCAUCACAGACCGUCCCCACCCUUUGGAAAGACUGCACUGAGUGGAACUGCUGUCCCAUCGAAGAAAAUUAGCAACGGUUUUCAACAGGACGUAGACACUGAGUAUACCGAGGCUGGCCACACCCCUACAGAGACUGAUUAUUACUAUGAGGAGAUGAUCCCGCAGCCCGACGGUGAGACCGUCGAACCAGAAGAGCCCACGGUGCAGCCCCAGGUGAUGCCGGCUUUGGUUGGAGAGGAGGUCGAUGACACCAAGGCGGGUGGUGUGGGCGAGGAGGUCUUCACCGAGGAGUAUGUGACCGGGGAUGUGGGCCUGAAGGAAUAUGAAUAUUCCUACAGGGACUACAGUGAGCCGUCCCUGGAGACUGGAGAGGUCGAUGCCAACAUGGGCCCUGCCCUGUCCGCUGUGACAGAUGAGGGAGGCGCUGCCAUUAGAGGUCAGAAAGGAGAGAAAGGAGAACCCGCCAUCAUGGAGCCCGGCAUGCUGAUUGAAGGACCUCCAGGACCUGAAGGACGUGCUGGUCCCACUGGCCCUCCUGGCCCUUCUGGACCUCCUGGUUCUGUCGGUGACCCCGGUGAGAGGGGUCCUCCUGGUAGACAUGGUUUGCCUGGAGCAGAUGGAGUCCCUGGACCCCCAGGAACAUCGGUCAUGCUCCCUUUCCGUUUUGGUCAGAGUGGAGGCGAUAAAGGUCCGGUCGUCUCUGCACAGGAAGCUCAGGCAGCAGCUAUCUUGUCUCAGGCCAGGAUGGCUCUGAAGGGACCUCCUGGACCAAUGGGAUACACUGGUCGGCCCGGACCCCUGGGAGGUCCAGGAAGCCCUGGUCUGAAGGGAGAGCAUGGAGACCCUGGUCCUCAGGGACCUCGAGGACCGCAGGGUUUGAUGGGACCUCAAGGAAAACCAGGAAGGAGGGGUCGUGCAGGUGCUGAUGGUGGCAGGGGAAUGCCGGGAGAACCUGGAUCCAAGGGUGACCGUGGUUUUGAUGGUCUUCCUGGUUUGCCUGGUGACAAAGGACACCGGGGUGAUCUGGGACCGAUGGGACCGUCAGGAUCUAUAGGAGAGGAUGGAGAGCGGGGAGACGACGGAGAUGUUGGACCCAGAGGUCUCCCAGGUGAACCAGGACCUCGUGGUUUGCUUGGACCUAAAGGUCCUCCUGGAAUCCCUGGACCUCCUGGUGUACGAGGGAACGAUGGGCCCCAUGGACCCAAGGGUAACCUGGGUCCCCAAGGAGAACCAGGACCACCGGGUCAGCAGGGAACACCAGGAACUCAGGGAAUCCCAGGACCUCAGGGUGCCAUCGGGCCCCCGGGAGAGAAGGGUCCCACGGGAAAACCAGGACUGCCAGGAAUGCCCGGAGCUGAUGGCCCUCCUGGUCACCCAGGAAAGGAGGGGCCUGCCGGCACCAAAGGAAACCAGGGUCCUAAUGGUCCUCAGGGAGCUAUUGGGUAUCCUGGCCCUCGGGGCAUCAAGGGAACACAAGGAAUCCGUGGACUGAAGGGUCACAAAGGUGAAAAAGGAGAAGACGGUUUUCCUGGCGUUAAGGGAGAUUUUGGAAUCAAGGGAGACAGGGGUGAGAUUGGCGUUUCCGGCCCGCGUGGAGAGGAUGGUCCAGAGGGACCAAAGGGCCGUGUCGGACCUCCUGGUGAGCUCGGACCCCUCGGGCCAGUUGGAGAGAAGGGUAAACUGGGCGUACCUGGACUUCCCGGUUAUCCCGGAAGACAAGGACCAAAGGGAUCUCUUGGAUUCCCAGGAUUCCCCGGAUCAAACGGCGAGAAGGGAACGCGAGGUCUGACGGGAAAACCAGGUCCGAGAGGACAGAGAGGACCAACGGGUCCCAGAGGGCAAAGAGGACCGCGAGGACCGACUGGUAAACCAGGAGCAAAGGGAACGUCAGGAAGUGACGGACCUCCUGGUCCUCUUGGAGAGAGGGGAUUACCCGGACCUCAGGGAGCAAAUGGUUUCCCCGGACCAAAGGGACCUCCUGGUCCUCCAGGAAAGGACGGGCUGCCCGGACAUCCAGGACAGAGAGGAGAAGUCGGUUUCCAAGGUAAAAUGGGUCCACCUGGUCCUCCUGGAGUUGUUGGACCUCAGGGUCCAUCAGGAGAGACUGGCCCCAUGGGCGAACGUGGACACCCUGGACCUCCAGGGCCACCUGGAGAGCAGGGACUCUCUGGUCCCUCAGGGAAAGAGGGAACAAAAGGAGACCCAGGACCCCCAGGAGGACCUGGCAAGGAUGGACCACCAGGACUGAGGGGCUUCCCAGGAGAGAGAGGACUGCCUGGAACCCCUGGAGGUGGUGGACUGAAGGGAAAUGAAGGACCUGCUGGACCUCCUGGACCUGCUGGUUCUCCUGGUGAGAGGGGAGGACCUGGUACAGCUGGACCUGUUGGACUUCCUGGUAGACCUGGUCCUCAAGGUCCUCCUGGACCUGCUGGCGAGAAGGGAGUUUCUGGUGAGAAAGGUCCGAUUGGCCCAGCAGGGCGGGAUGGAGUUCAGGGUCCAGUGGGUUUGCCUGGCCCUGCCGGACCAUCCGGAGUGCCUGGAGAGGACGGAGACAAGGGUGAGGUUGGAGAACCCGGUCAGAAAGGUGCCAAGGGAGCUAAAGGAGAACAUGGUCCUCCUGGUCCACCUGGGGUUGUGGGUCCUGUUGGUCAGCCUGGACCUGCUGGUGCAGAUGGGGAGCUUGGACCGAGGGGUCAGCAGGGGCAUUUUGGAGCUAAAGGUGAUGAUGGAACCAGAGGAUUCCCAGGAGCACCAGGACCCAUCGGACUGCAAGGACUGCCGGGACCACCAGGAGAGAAAGGAGAGACUGGAGAUGUUGGACCACUGGGUCCUCCAGGCCCUCCCGGGCCCCGGGGCCCAGCGGGACCCAAUGGUGCUGAUGGUUCUCAAGGUCCUCCUGGAGGUUUGGGUAAUCCUGGACCAAUCGGAGAGAAGGGAGAGCCUGGUGAGCCUGGAUCACCCGGAAUCGUAGGAGAGCCUGGAAAGAAGGGACCUCGAGGUGAGCGAGGAGAGAAAGGAGAGGCCGGUCAGCCUGGAACUGCUGGACCCACCGGAGGACGAGGGCGACCUGGAGAUGACGGACCUAAAGGGAACCCUGGUCCUGUUGGUUUCCCCGGUGAUCCUGGUCCUCCUGGUGAGGUCGGCCCCAGAGGUCAAGAUGGUGCCAAAGGAGAGCGAGGAGAGGAUGGUGAACAAGGAGAGUCUGGGUCCCCAGGACCUCCUGGUGAGAAUGGACCUCCCGGCCCCCUAGGAAAGAGAGGUCCUGCUGGAACAAGAGGACCUGAAGGACGUCAGGGAGAGAAAGGAACCAAGGGAGACUCGGGUGCUCUUGGUCCUCCAGGCAAAACAGGCCCUGUCGGCCCCCAGGGUACACCUGGAAAACCAGGGCCAGAAGGUCUCAGAGGACUUCCAGGAUCAGUGGGUGAGCAAGGAUCUCCAGGACCUCCUGGGCAGAAAGGACCACCUGGACCAAUUGGACCUCCUGGUUUGCUCGGACUGAGCGGGGACCCGGGUGCUAAGGGCGAGAAAGGACACCCAGGUCUAAUCGGCCUGAUCGGACCUCCGGGAGAGCAAGGAGAGAAAGGAGACCGAGGUCAGCCUGGGCCUCAGGGAUCCACAGGACCCAAGGGAGAAACUGGAAUGCCUGGAAGCACCGGACCAUUUGGCCCCUCUGGACCUCCUGGUCUGCCUGGUCCUCAAGGUAUCAAAGGAGCUAAGGGUGCUUCUGGAGGAGCUGGUCCGAAAGGAGAGAAGGGUGUCCAAGGACCUCCUGGACCUCCUGGCCCACCGGGUGAGGUCAUCCAGCCUCUACCAAUCCAGAGGAGCCCCAAGUCCAAGCGUUCCAUUGAUGCCAGUAAGCUGCUCCCGGACCUCGACAUGCCCGCUGCAGACGCCACCGGCACAGAGUUCAUGAUGGGCAAUGAAGGCAUGGAGGAAAUCUUCGGCUCGCUCAACUCGCUGCGGCGAGAGAUUGAAACCAUGCGUUUCCCUCUGGGCACCAAGGAAAGCCCCGCCCGCACCUGCCAGGACCUGCACCUCAGCCAGCCCGACUACAAAGACGGAGAGUACUGGAUUGACCCUAACCAGGGUUGCUCAAGAGACUCCUUCAAGGUCUUCUGCAACUUCACAAAUGGUGCAGAGACCUGCUUGUUCCCCAGCAAGGCCAUCAGCACGGUGAAGAUGAGUUCUUGGGACAUGGAGACUCCGGGAUCCUGGUACAGUCAGUUUGCCAGCGGCAGCAAGUUCUCCUACAUGGACUCUAAUGGGGAGCUCCUGGGUGUGGUCCAGCUGGGAUUCUUGCGCCUCCUGAGUGUCCAGGCCCGGCAGGAAGUGACCUACCACUGCCACCGCUCAGUCGCUUGGGCCGACCGCAGCGCCAAGAACAGCUACCAGAGGGCACUUCACUUCCAGGGCGCCAACGAGGAGGAACUGAGCUAUGAAACCAAUCCUUACAUCAAAGCUCUGAUCGACGGGUGCUCUUACCGGAAAGGCUUUGACAGGACAGUCCUGCAGAUCAACACGCCACAGGUGGAACACCUCCCCCUGCUGGACAUCAAGGUGUCAGACUUUGGGGAGAAUAACCAGCAGUUUGGCUUUGAAGUGGGACCUGUCUGUUUCCAAGGCUAAAACACACACAUGCACACACACAAACACACACACAGAAACACACACACACCUGGUAAUUUGUAAAUUAACUUGUAAAUGAUAUGAGACACACUCACACUUUUACACACUCUCACGCUGUUGUGCGACAAACACGCACUCGAGUACGUGCCUGGGAACAAAACAUCCUGACGACAAUAAAUGGACAACAAAAAAGUAAUGAGAAGAGAAAUUUAAACAAAAAAAAACUUGAGGAGAGGAGGCCGUCGACUGGGCAAACGAGCACAAAGGAGUUUUUGUUGGAACUGAGCCGGAUGGAGAACCUGAGCGAGCUGGCCGACCCGAGGCCUCCACUACCACCGCCACCAUCCUCAUCCCACUCUUCUUCUCCCCGCUGUCUCUCUCCUUUCUACCUCCCAUCUUCCCCACAAAAAACAGCAUCACACGCCAACAUCCGACAUAACGUCGUUUCGUUCGUCUUUCACUCAGCAACACGGUGGGUCGACCGCUGCAGGAGUUCCUGUGCAGCCGAAAUUAACAUGAUGAUGAUGAUGAUGAUGAUGAUGAUGUGGUUUUCUGAUUUCAUGUGAGGUUCAUUUAGUUUCACUACAUGGACUAGUACCAUUCUCAGGAACUAGCCUGUGGAGAUCCACCAGAGAACCAGGCCUCAUAUUUUUUGCCGCAUAGGUGCUACUUUUCAGCGGCGCAGGCAUGUUAGGGGCGGUGCUUCCUGAAUUAGCGGGGAGGUCGGAUGACGUUUGAGCUGCAGAGACGAAGGGGCAGAAACAGCUUUUUGUUUCUUCGGAGAUCACUGAUUUGAAAUGAUCUAGUCGAUCGCAGGUUUAAUGGUUUAAUUUAAGGUAUUUUGUGACAAAAUUAGCUUUAAUAUUUACAUCAUCUGUCAACAGAAAGAGACGCUUUAAAGACUAAACUGUUCAGAGAAGUUUAAUGAGCUGAGAGUCAUGUGACUGCCGUCGGUGUCACCGCUCUCAGUUUAUAACAACUUUACCAUCUCUUCACUCUGGUGGAAACAGGACGCAGGAACUGCAGUCGGUACUAGUCCCUGUAGUUUGAUGUUUUUGACAAAGCGGCACUUUUGGAUCGACUCACCAGGCAGAGUUUCUGUACAAGAACUGAGAUCAAAUCAUUCUGUUCAAACGUGAAACAAAUAAUGAACUCUUCAGUGACUUAUUGGUUAUUUUGUUCAGACUGUAAAUCACAAUAACCAAAGAAUCUGAGCCUCUGGACCACACGGUACCAGCCCGGUUGAGUCUGGUUUUGUUCAGACUGAUGACAAAAACCUGCCUGUUGAUGUUUUCCGUCCAGGUUGAUCAAAUCUGGGACCUGCAACUCUUUGAUCUGCAGCUUAUUUUAGAUCAGAUACAAACUUUGCCAGCAGGAGAUCAGAUUUAUCCUCUUUAUUUCUGUAACUGUGCUCAGUUUUGUGUGUUUAUGGCUGUGUGGCACCGAUGCUGUUUUUCUUUAAACUGUGGACCAGGAUACCGGGGUUGAACCCACACUCUGAUCCAGAACACGUGUUCUGAUUUCUCAUCCAUGCACAGAACCUGAUCAGGAUUUAAAUACAAUUUUCUUACUUUAUUUUAUUUUUCCUGCACAAGGAGUAAAAAGUCUGAAAGGUGCUAAUUCUACCAAAGCAUAAAGGAUUUAGUUUUCACUUUGAUCUUCUUUAGUCUCUUUUUGUGCCAUUUGAACAAAGCCUGGGAACAAAGGGGAAAAUGUGCAUUACACUCCACUUGUACAGAAAUAGUGAUAUUCUAAUGUAUUUAUUUAAAACAAAGCGAUGCUUUGAGAUUAGCAACCAUCAGAUCUUCCUGUCAAAUGUGGUAUUUUUCAUUCAUAUUUAUUUCCUGUAGCAAGUAACUUUUUCUUCAUUCUCUUCUUGCCCUUUUGUACAACCAAAGAAUUUGUGGCCAUAUUUCACUGUAAUGUCCCUCGUAGUGUUUCCAUCUCCUGUAUUGUGCUCUUAUGUUUCGUAAAGAUUAAAUGAUGCGUCUCCACUUCUGUGACAUUUCAUUGUUCUUGUUGCCGUUUGAUUUGGGCUUCUCUGCUUUACUUGUCCUUAAAAUGGAUCUCUGAAAUACAACUUUUAUUGUUAUUAACGUUUGACUUCUACUUUAAGUCCACUAAUUUGGAUGUUUCUGUGGGACCACAGCGGGGAGGAGAACCUAUUGGGAGGAAGCUCACAGUUAAUGCUCAGUGAAAAAGGAUUCUAAGUAUAAUGUGGAUUUAUGCAGAUUGAGGAUCCUGAUUUUAUUUUUUGUUUGAAUUUUUUUAAAUAUUGUAGUAAAACUGGGUGGGAUUGUUAAAAUAUCAAAGAAAGUUUAGAUUCUCCAGUGAGAGUGACCUCAAAAAUGUCUUUACUGUGCUGAAUACAAACAUUUCAACUAAAAAUAUGGUGCUGAAAGAGAAAAAGUAUUACUGUGUGUAAGUAAUUUUUUAAAAGAAUCUUUGUUUCUGUAAUAUAUAAUCUUUUUAAAGAG